AUGAGGGCGUUGGUGUUGGCUUUAUUAUGUUUCUUAGUGGACUCACAACAGUAUUAUUACUAUUAUCCAUAUCCACAACAACAGAGACAGAGCUAUUAUCCAGUCCGGACAAAUUGUGUAAAUAGAUGUGUCCCAAACACCAGGUAUCGCUGGACUUAUCGGCCUAUAAGUAAGCUCCACAUCAUCUCCCUUUCCUCGCUUUGGUUUCAAACAACGCAGAUCUUACAGUUGAAAGUUUUUAGACGUCCAGAUCCCCUUUGUCCAACGGCCCAAUCCCAAUAUUCCCCUAAAACCCAUGCCCUCACCCCAGCCAAUCGUCCCAAUUGGAACUCGCGGAACUUUGGCUCCGUUAACUUAUCCAACAACUUCUACAACUACUGUAACCACAACCACGACUCCUCCAACACCCCCUCCAUUCACUCAAGCGCCAACGGAAAUGCCAACUCCACCGCCGUAUACAGGAACAUACCCACCAAAAAUAGAGGCAUCAACCUACUUGAGGCCAUCAAAAAAACCCGAAAUUGAGGGAAUCCCGUAUCGACCAGGCAAGACUAUUCUAAAAUUCGCUAAUGUAUAA